CCCGGGCGGCCGUCGGGCCGGCAGCGCUGUGCGCAGGGCGAUGCGCGGGGGGAACUGCGCGGGGCGGAGAGGGCGGGCGCGGGGCUGAGCGCUGCGCGGAGCUGCGGGGCCAGGUGAGCCCCGAAGGGGGGGGAAGCGGGGGGGGACAGUGUCCGUCUGUCUGUCCGCCGAUCUCCGUCUGACUGUCCGGCGGUGUCCGUUCGUCUGCCCGUCGGCUGUCUGCCCCGCGGUGGGCUCUGUCUGUCCGUGUGUCUGCCUGUGCCCGUGUGUCCGCACUGAGCCGUUUGUCCCACCGCAGCGCCGAUGUCUCGGCAGAGCCGCCCGGAGCCGCGCCGCACCGAUCCGCCGCCAGAGGUGGGUGAGAGCUCACACCCUUCAUCUGCAGCCCCCAGGAUUGAGAAGCCCUCGGAUGAUGCUGAGUCCUGCACAGCGCUGCCCAACGGCACCACAGCAGCCAGGACUGAGCUCGUGGGCACUCCCGAAGCUGUGACAUGCCAGCCCCAGAUGCGAGCAGCCACGCAGGCCGCCAGCCCCUGCACCCACCUGCUGCAGAACGGGGCUGGACAAGGGCCGGAUCCAGGUGGGAACACGGGGAACGGGGUCUUCCGCCCUCUGCCCAGCUCCCAGAAGCCGCACCGUAAGCUGCAGUCCCACCACUCCAUCAACAGCCAGAGCAGCAAGAAGAGCAAGGGCAGCUCCAAGUCAGCCUCAUCCCACAUCCCUAUUGAGGCGCAGGAAGACUGCUGUGUCCACUGCAUCCUAUCCUGCCUCUUCUGUGAGUUCCUGACCCUCUGCAACAUCGUGCUGGACUGUGCCACCUGCGGCUCCUGCACCUCCGAGGACUCCUGCAUCUGCUGCUGCUGCUGCAACUCGGGCGAGUGCGCGGACUGCGACCUGCCCUGCGACAUGGACUGCGGCAUCAUCGACGCCUGCUGCGAGUCAGCCGACUGCCUGGAGAUCUGCAUGGAGUGCUGCGGGCUCUGCUUCUCCUCCUGAGGGCCGGAUCUGAGGAGAGGGGACCGUUCCCAUCCCUCCUGCAGGUCCCCCAGCAGGCAGUGUGGAAACCCGGGCGUGAAAUGCCAAAGAUGGAACCCAGUGAGGAAGGAGGGUGCUACCCCCCCUGCUGCAAACCUCAUCCUCAGAGCUGGUGAGCCCGCUGGAUCCUGCCUAGGGAAGGGUGAAUCAGCAGGGCUGGGGACGGCCAUAGAACUCUACCUCUUCCCCACGCCCAGGGUGCACAGGAGCAUCCUGCCACCUGAGCCGAGCGCAGGAGCUCCCACCCCACGCCAUCCCAGGACACUGCUCCAGGUGCUGUGCCAUGCUUUGGGGUGGCCCAGGGCAUCCUCACUUCUUGGAUCCUCCGAGGCUGGGUGCAGCAGAGCCUUCCACCCCACAGAGAUGCCCUCUGGCAGGCAGGCUGUGUGGGUGGGCGCAGCCCCCAGCCCUCCUCGGUGCUGACAUUGGCAGCCAAGUGCAAUAACCAGCCUGCAGGGGGUUUCCCCCACAGCCAAGUGCCUUCAUCCCCACCCACUCUCUUCCUGCAGGACUGGAGCAGCCGUGCAAGCUGUGACCAACCCCAAGUGCAUCCCUCAUUGAGCAGCUUGGUGCAAAAUGACCCCCAGCAGCUGCUGGCCCUCGUCCCAUCACCGCAGGGACAAGGCUUGUGGCUGGGGGAGGGCAGAGAACACCCUGCUGGAGGGCUGGGGAGAAGGGGAGGGAGAAGUGUCAUGGUAUUAUUAUUAUUAUUAUUAUUUUGUCUUUGGUCCCUUUUGUUACUGUAAAUAAAGGUCUUUCUUCAUUUCUGAAUGGGGGCUGCUGCAUCACCUCAUGUGCCCAAGGAAUGGCAGCUCACAGCCACACUGCAUUGCCCAUCUCCACAUCCUGCUGCAGCUCAGGGGCACUGGGACCUGCAGGGGCUGUGGGGCUUUAUCUCGGCACUGCGGCCAUGAGGUGGCUCAGCAGCAGACCUGGAGCUUUCCUGUCCUCUGCCCCUCGCUUCACCUCUGUCACAGGGGCAUAAUGUCCCUAAAAGGAGACAGGCAGCCGAGUUUGGUGGCUUGGGUUCUCCUGUGCCAGCUCUCAGCCCAACUGAGCGACUGCCAAACAUGGCAUGCUGUGCCAUGCUAUGCCAGUAAGAGACCAUGACCCCCCAAGAGAUUGGCUUAAGGUCCCAACCACCCCAGUGAGGCUGCAGGCUGGGCUGAAGUUGAGCAAGGAGGGAAAAACACUUAAAAACCAAGGCCAAAUGGGUCAGUUGGUCACAGCGACAAGGGCUGGUUCGGGAUCUGGGCUGCCUGCCCUCCAGGGCCGCCGUUCAGCCCUUCAACCUAUUUUUAGUGGUGAGCGGAAGGCAGUCACAGCCCGGUGCUGGGCAAGUGCACAGCAGGGAGGAGGAGAUGCGAGCAGCCUUCCUCUGUCCUAAGCAUGACGGGCGGCAGAUUGGGGUUUUAACCCAUCCUCAAAUGCAGCUGAGCCCCAGGGCGAGGAGUGGGGGCUGUGUUUUGGUGUCUGCUCCUGGACAGGCAGCGGCAGGGCCCCAGCACAGAGCGGGUGGGAGCAUUUCCACGGUUCUGGCUGCAGCUCGGCUCCAAGCCGCUCACAUCCUUGGCAAGGAGGGAUUGAGGCGCCGGCCUUCCCCAGCCCGGCCUCACUCGUGGUGCUAAUUAGGGAGGUUGGAGCUGGCGGGCUGCUCUCCCUAUGGUAACGAGCGCUGCUGGAGAUGCUUAAUGGGGAACAGAUUCCCCUGGUUCAGGAGCGCCCUGGGGUUGGUCGGGCUGUGCUUGUGUCCCAGUGUGGGAAGGACGGCACGCACCCAGGGAGAAAAGAAUGCAAAUAAAAUAGCAUUAUGCCCAGUGCAGCUUCCCAUAAACACAGCUCUGCCUUGCAAAGCAGUGCUCCGUCCUCAAAGAGGGCCAACCUCCUCCACCAGUUCCAUGGGCCAGGUAUUGGCACAGCAAGGCCAGGGUUUUUUAAGUCCCUUUCUCAAGCCUGGAUGGCAUUUGCUACCUGCGGUGUGCUGCAGUGUGGGAAUGGUGGUGCAGAGCAGCACGAGUGCCUGGAAAGGGCUGGAAGAGCCAAGUACACGCCUGCCUCUGGCUGCAAGCUGCUGCUGGCCAUGCACCUUGCAAAGCACUGGGGAAGGCAGGGGUUAACCCUCUGGCUUGGGAAUUAAUUAACAGCAGA